AUGGAACCAGGAUGGUUCUUGAACCUGAAUAUGAGGCUUUAUGAUGGAUGUAAAGAAAUUGUCAGAAUUCAGAAAUUUAGGAGAUUUGUCUCUUACACUGGAUUUUUUGCCUUUACUGCUCUCAUCAGCUAUGCCUACACUAACAACACAACAAGGGCAGGAUACUCGAGGAGCGACCAAUUUUAUGCAUCUUACCCAGCUGGCACUGAGCUUUUAACUGACACCACAAAGCUAUACAAAGCAGCCCUUGGCAAUUGUUUUGAAGUGGAAGAAUGGGGACCUAUUGAAUGGUUGAUAAUGACUAAACAUUUCGAGCGUCAAGGAAAAUCUCCAUAUGCCUACCAUGCGAGGGUCCAAUUGACUGUAGUUAAAAGUUACCCAACCAGUAACCACCCAAGCUUGGUCAGGCCAGUUAGACUUUUACUAUCAAUUACACUACCAAGGAAGAAAUUGCCACUUUACUUGAUUUCAUUUCCCCAGAAAAUGGAUGACCGGAAUUCAGUCCCACCACCAUAUUCUUCAAGAAAUCCACUUCCGGAUCCAUAUCCACAACCCAUAUCCUGGAAAUUCAGCGACGAUGAGGUCUUCCCUGUUCUUAAUGAACCGGCAAAUGAUGACAGGGAGGCUGUUAGAAUGGGAAAGUUCAAAGCUUUCGUCUUUAAGGCUGCCCUGUUAUCUUUCAAAAACAAGUUUUUGUCUCCCAAGCUAAGGUCCCUCAUUGAGAAACGCAUUGAUGAAUUCUUCCCUGAUUUUCACACCCCUGAUCACCCUCCUUAUGCAGCUAUGAUCUCUACUGCAAUUACUAAGCUAAACGAAGAUGGGGGAUCUACUGCUGAAGCAAUAUCACAGUUCAUUCAGAAUGAGUACACCCACUUACCAAGGGCCCAUGAAUAUUUCCUCAAACACCAUCUGAAGAAUCUUUGUGCGGAAGGAGUUCUUGGUGAGGUUGGUAAAAGGUUCUAUGUGCUGGAUCAUGAUGUAGUUACAGAAGGAACUCCUGAGAGAUCCUGUAGGCAUAGUCAGUCAGUCGUCAGUUGUCCUGAUCUCAGUCCAAUCAGUCCAGCUGAUGACAAGUCCAACUCUAGCCUCAUCAGCUCUAGUUCUAGCUGGAAUUCAAAUGGCAGCUGGGGAUCGAACACUUCUUUUGACAGGUCCCAUGUUCCGAAAAGGGAGCCUCAAUCUUCACGAGGGAAGAAGAGGGUGAGCAAAAGGGAGACAAAGCACAGCCAUGCAGUGAAGAGAAUGGGUACUAAGGGUAAAAAGGUUACGAUGGAAACAGAAAUUGAACUGAAUGCUGAAAGAAAGAGGAGAAAGUGCAGACAGAAAGACUCGAGAUGUUCACUAGUGCAGAAAAGUGCAAGAGAAGGGGGCAAAAAGCGCAAGAGUAGUAGUACUGAGGCAUCAGAAUUUGGUAAAAAGACAGGAAAAGGUGAUUCGUUGAAUGCUAACAUUGUGAUGUUAGAAGGUGAGAUUAAAUUACAAGAGCAGGCAACUGAUGGGCAGGAAGUGGGUCAAUACUCGGAAGGGCAGGCGAAAGGGAGAAAAUUGGGAAGAAAGAACAAGAGAACUAUUAAAGAAACUCAAAUCCAUCUUGAAUGUGAAGUGACGAGACAGAAUACAGUGUGUGGAAAUACCAAGAUUGGAAAGGAAAUUCUUGGAAAUUCUGAUGUUCCGAUCUUAAAAGAUGGGGCCAAAGAAUCAGAAGAACGAACUGAUGGGAAGGUCAGACAUCAUGCUGUGGUUGAGUGCCGGGACCCUGUAACUGGAGAAAGACGAACAGUGAUUGACAUUGACCUUGACGAACUUCAAGAUAUGGUGAAUGAGGAACCAUGUGAUUUACCUGAAAGAUCAGCCAAAGAAGAUUAUAAUCAAGCUGGUUCUCUAGAAUCACAAGUGCCAGCUCAAUCUGAUGGGACUGUCGAAAAAGAACUGGGUUUCUCACCUCUCAAACAAACUAAAAUGAUUUCUACAUUUGAGUUGCAUCAGAUGGGUGAAGCUAAAGUUGCUGGGAAAGAAUAUUAUGUUGCAGAUGAACAAAGGGAAACAGCUGCCAAAGAUAAGCAACAGCUAAUUGUAAAAGAGAGUUUUGUGAGAGAUACGAAUAGUGGAGAACAGAGUUUAUUGCAAGAAUUUGGCUUUGAUAUUGUAAAGGGGAAGCUAAAGAAUAAGAAGAAAAGGUUUCAUCCUUGUAAGAAAAAUGUGAGAGGAGAAAAGGUUCAUUCCAAGGAUAGGGCUGUACGAGGGAGGGGUAAACAUAGCUCUGGGCAAUGUACAAAGAAUUUGUCCGUUGAACCAAGUCAAUCUCAAACUCAAAUGAGUGAAGCUAUUUCAACUGAAGAUCUUUCGCUUGAGAAGUCACCUGAAGUAACUCAGCAACAAACUGUGGUAAAUCAAAAUGAAUUUCAAGGAAAUGAAUGUGACAAUUCAGUAUGCUGUCAAGCUGAGGAUUUCAAUACAGAGAUUCAGAAUGGAACACCUUCUGCCACUGUGGAAGUGCAUGAAUCAUCAGGACAGCCUGACUUAUUGAUGGAGGGAGAGUCGCAUGUACUUGAAGGUGUUGCAGGAUGUGAUGAUGAGCAGCAAGAACAUGGAACCUUGAUGCACAGGAAGGGUGGUUCUAUUGGAAUGCUUACAAAUGAAGUUUCUGAAGCGCAAAGUGAGCCCCAAAGGAUGGGAAGCGGAGAGCAAAACCAUCAGAUUGUAAAGCUUUCUGGUUCUAACACAAUGCAACAGAGUAACCCUCUUGCAGAAGAGCAGGGAGCCCUGGGUAAAGUGUCAGCAUUAGGUCAUGAUGCCAAGGAAAACAGUUACAAUGAAGGUACUGCUUUGGCCAGAGAGUCAGUUAGUCUAGAAUUUGAAAGAGAGACAGAAAAUACUUCCAGGACAAACACGGAGAAAGCAAGUGAAUGCCUUGAAGAAGAAGAAACUAUCAAUACGUGUGGCAGGCAUACACAACAGAAAUCUGAGUUCCUCAGCCCAGAGUCGUCUUCAAAAUUUCCUUCUCCAAACUUUCUUCCACAGUACGGUCAACAACAUGAAAAUGAGGAAGAAGAGAUGCCAAAAUAUGCCACAGAGCAGAAAGGGGAAGGUCCUGGAGAAGAAGGAAAUGAAGAUAUUGGUAGCCAGGAUACACAAACGGAGCCACACGGCGCAAGCUCCCAGUGUGCUGAGUUGAAAUCACAAGAAAUAUCAUCUCAACCACAAUCUCUACUGCCGCAUGCAAAAGCAACUCCACAGGGUAAAUUUUGGCAUUGGUUUCUAAAACCUUUUAACUUCUCUUGUUAG